CACCGUCUCGUGUCAAGAUAACUCACCAAGGCGUUUGAAUACACUUAGUAUACACAAUGCACGCACACGGACACAGGCGCAAAAAAUAUCGUGCACAUACACCGCACGGGGUCAUAAAAUUUCGAGGGUGUGUUGAAUGCCGAACGAGGUGUGCGUGGGCGUUGCGACGUUUCGAACGCUCAAGCCAUCGCGACGCCGCGCAUAGUCCUGCACGCUUUUCAAGCGUCGAAUAGUCCUGCUUGCUUCGCACGGCGAAACCAGUAUAACGCGCGCGUCCCUACGAGCGUGAGUUCUGCACAUCGUCCUUCGGAGGAAUUAAACUUUGCGCGUAGAAAACACACAAAACAAAAAUUAAAAAAAUAAAAUUAUAAUUAAAAAUUUAGACAAUGGUAAUUGGCAGCCACAUGGCAAUUGGUAACGUGUUUUAUAUAAGUGCGAAUGACAUUGAUUGACCAGGACAAUUUAAUUUUAAUCGUGAAAAUAAUUUAAAUAUUUGUGAAAAAUGAAGUUGUUUGCAAUACUUUUGUGUUGUGGACAAUUUCGGAUGUGCACCAUACACAAGGCGCCUAUUUCUCCAUGGGCAACCUCAAGCUGACGAUUCCGUCCUUUGUCAGCAAGGAGCAUCGUGUCCUCACUCAUCUCUACACUCUACCGCAUGAAGCAGCCGAUGAAAAUCAUGUCAGCGCCAACGUGGGAAGAGAAACUUCAAAUAAAGCUACAGGCCCCAACAAGACGCUAAAGUACGUGCUGCAUGACAACAAAAAUCAUUUCGAGAUAGUGGAUGGUAAAAAUUUAGCGUUCACUGAAGCGUUUAUUCGUCGAUCAGGAGAAGACAAAAACCUGUCGACCCUUGCGGUGAAGAUAUCUGUCGAGGACAGCAGUGGGCAUCUAGAUAACACCACGGUCACCGUGGACGUGAUGAGGUUUGGGCCGGUUGGUGAAAGUAAAAAGAUCCCUGAGCGUGCGAAGGGCUACGAAUGCGAUUUCCUUCUCAGUAAUCUGUGCUAUUGGCAAGCCGCCGAUUAUCGCAUCUACGAGAAUCGUCGGCCGUCGAUUGUGGGCACGUUAGGGUCAUCCUAUCUGCAAUCACUAUGCCCCGGCUAUCGAAUUAAUUACACCAUAGCCAAUCAAGACGAUCGAAUAAGUCUAAGUGCCGGUUAUGCAGAUAAAGAUAAUGACGUGGGUCUUAAUGCAAAUAAUCAUCGCAAUAUUAAAAGUGAUUUAAAAGACGAGAGACAAUUGUGGAAAAUUCGUACGCUGAAACCUUUAGAGCGAGAUUUUCAACGUUCGCCGGUUCACGAGCAUAACUUACGCAAGAAGCGAUUCGCUGGGGAGUUGAUUAACUUUACGGUCCACUGUUUCAUCGAGGAUAUCAACGGUUCACAACGAAAAGAAAGUAGGAAGUUAUCUCUCAAGGUGCUGGAUGAAAACGACAAUCCGCCCAAACAUCAGGACGACUCGGAGAUUUUCAUAAAAUACGAUCAUCCCAAACUGCAAAAGAAAAAAAUUGAUUUAGAACAUCGCCAAACUUUGAUAUUCAUUGACCUGGAUUCACCUGCUGUGAACUCCCACAAAGUUAAACUUCUAAACGAUACUUUAGAUCUUUUUGAUGUAAAGUGUAAUGAAAGUGAAGAUGACAGAUAUGGCGAACCGCAAACUAUAAUAUCAUGUGAUUUACACUUUAAGCGUGAAGUUGAUUUGGACGCUAUUAACGUCAGUAAUUAUACGGUUAUACUGCAAAUUAAUGAUACUACAAUGAUGCCAGGACAUGGACCUACUUUUGCACGCGUACCGAUACAUCUAACUCAUCCAAAGGACAACCGACUUAAAACGUUGAUACCUCCCAAGGAUGUUCCGCCUCUACUUCUCUACAAACAACGAGAUUAUACGAUUUUUAGAUUGGCAGCACCAUUAGCGCGUGUAGCCAAUCCCCCUUUACCGGUUGCAUCAAACAUUGGGAACUUCACUCUCCUUGCCCGGAAAGCAUCCUAUUUGAAAACGUUCAAUAUUACAAAGAGCGAGGGCAUUAUCUACGUGAACAAUAUAACUAGUUUGUGGAAUUCAGAGAGUUCGGUGCGGUUGGACGUGCAAUGGGAACGUGAUGGAAAAUUGGAAGUGGAUCAACUACGCAUUGCCAUUUACGAGGAAGCAUCAAACACCUGCCAUCAUCUGCAUGACAACCUGACAAAAUGGUCGCACUGCACGAGUAUUUCGAAUCCGUAUGAUUGCAAAACCGCAUGCGCGAUUGGAACCGGUGGACACUCCAGCGUUGCAAAAUCGAAAAGUGGAUCAACAACACGUUGUCAAUGGAGAGGCAAUGAAACUGUCACCAUUAUGGAAACCACGAAUUUGUACCAAACUUGCACUGUCGAUACAGAGACAUGUCCUGAUGGACGCUGUGACAGCCUGGAACAAAUGAAUUCAAUACUGUGCCCUCUUGACUGCACUAGCAGCUCAGUUGUUCCAACAGCUCUAAAUCCACUCACUGGAAGAGGCAUCGCGCGUGCAGCAGGCGUCUGCACAUGCACGAGGGCACAAUGCGUUUGCGGAGAAAAAAUCAGCAAGUCGCUAAAGGCACAAGAAGAAAAGAAGAGGAAGCGGGCCAAGGAUUUAAGCAACAAGACUACAAGCGGCAACUUCGAGAACGUUACGACCGCGUUGCCGGUUGAGGUCGUUCCGAAUUUGAGCCGCCAUGUCGGAAUGGAAAUUGCUUCGUGUGGUUCCGGUUGCUUACUGGGCAUCCUCGCUGUGUGUGUUUUUGUGCUUACGACCAUCGGGUCUAUCGUGGUGUGUUGGAGGCUUGGUAAGGUACAUAAAGUGCGGGGGAAGUUUAAUUCCGAUCACAACGACUUGUCCGCGCCUCUCUCCGAUUAUAUUGAUAGGGGAUUACUGCCCGAAAAUGCUAUCACUCUCAACUUUGACAUGACAACCUCCUUGGCGCACAACACUAAAGUUACUCCGGAUCCCAAAUGGGAAUUUCCACGCAGCCAACUGUUCAUCGAACAAACCCUCGGUGAAGGUGAAUUCGGACGAGUAUUACGAGCGCGUGCAAAGGACAUUUCUGGACAUUCCGGUUACACGAUCGUCGCAGUGAAGACAUUGAAAGACGAUGCACGCGAUGGUGAACUGACCGACUUGCUCUCUGAAUAUCACCUACUAAAAGAAGUGUCGCAUCCCAAUAUCAUCAAACUUUUGGGCGCGUCUACUCUCCCUGGAGGACCAGUUUAUUUGAUUAUUGAGUAUGCACAGUACGGGUCCUUGAGGAGCUAUCUGAGACGAAGUCGGCACUUAAAAUCUGAAACGCAUCUGCCGCGUGUUGUUUCAUGCAUGGUCGACGAAGCAAUGUUAGCGCCGGCGACGCCCAAUGAUAACUACGAUGAGCCGAAGACUUGCAAGGUGACGCCGAAGGACAUCCUCUCGUUUGCUUGGCAAAUCGCCAACGGGAUGACUUAUCUCAGUGAAAUUAAGUUGGUUCAUCGUGACCUGGCGGCUCGUAAUGUCCUUCUGUCGAAAGAAAAAGUCUGCAAAAUAUCCGAUUUUGGCCUGACCCGUGAUAUUUACGAGGACGACGCGUAUUUUAAGCGUAGCAAGGGGCGAGUGCCCGUAAAGUGGAUGGCACCCGAAUCUCUCUCGGAUCACGUCUAUACUUGCAAAUCAGAUGUGUGGAGCUAUGGGAUUCUGAUCUGGGAAUUGGUAACGCUUGGAGCUACGCCAUAUCCUGGCAUACAAGUUCAAAACUUGUUUCAUUUGCUUACUUCGGGGUAUAGAAUGGAACGACCCGAAAACUGCUCUGUGCCAUUAUAUAAGAUUAUGAAAAGUUGCUGGACUAUUGAAGCUGAACAGCGUCCAAGUUUUCAUGAUUUGUCAAACAAAUUCGAAAAAAUGUUGGAGGAUCAAGUUGAAUAUUUGGAUCUAACCGCAAAUGCCAUCCACAACAGAAGUUAUUUCUGUACAAUAAAUGGAGAGACUGAUGAUGGCAUGGAUAACCAGGACGUAAUGAAAAGCGUCGAUAAAGAUGACAAUGAUGCUGAAGAUGAGCUGGAAACAAACUUGGAAAAGAAUUCCCCGCGAGGUAAGUUCCGCAGCACCGAACAGCAAGUCGAGAAGAAAAUUAGCAACCUGUUGGAGAACAACAACGAACUCAUUCCGGAACUCAGUCCACUGAAAACUGGCUACGAAACUCCGAUUAAAACGCAGUACGCUAACUCCGAUACUGCAAUGGUUGCGUCUGAUCCCAUACAAUAUUAUACCAACAUGGAAGCGUCAAAAAAUGUAAUUAAAUAACUUGUUCAUUGCGAUUUUAUCUUUUUGUGUGAUAGUAAAAAACAUAGCUGCUCCGUAUUUCUAACUCUUGAUUGUAAGAAGAUUUGGAUACUUGAUAAUGAACGACGAAAACAAUUAAAUGUUACUACAAACAUUUAUUGAUUGCUUAUAACGAAAAAGGAGACUGAAAUGAUGAUUAAUCAAAACUGCAAGUGUAUAGUAAACUUAUUAGUACCUAUUUGUACCUGUUAUGUUUGCUUUUACUUAUUCUAUUAUUCUAAAUUUAGGCUUUCAUGAAAUCUUUAAAAGAAGCUGAAAGCAUUUAGUAUCUCUGUGUGAAAGAAGGUAAUUUCAAAUGCAGAUAUAAAAUUUAUACACACUUGUUACUUCAAAAACUGAACAAACGAUUGCAUGAACUAAUCUAUAAGUGUAUGUAAAAUUAAAUGUGUAUUUUCUUAAGGAAAUGUUUGAAACAUGAAUAUUUUCGGUACAAUUUAUAUUUUCCAAAAAUGCUUCGUUUCAUUUGAUUUUAAUGAUGUAUCAUUAUGUACUGCAAAUAUAUUUAAAUAUAAUUAUAAGGAACUACAAGAUUGGAUUUCAA